UGAUUCUGUGUUUCAAAAUUCUAUAGUUUUUUACUUUCGUUUUCUAUCACAAGAAAUCUGCAAAAAGAGUAUUUGUUUCACUUGAGAAAGAUCCUUAUUCAUACAACAAUGGCCAUUCGUCAAAUUUUGAGACGAUCUUUAUCAAGCGAAAGAAGGGCAGAUGAAGUUCCGAAAGGGCAUGUUGCUGUUUAUGUUGGGGACGAUGAAAAGAAGCGGUUUGUGAUUCCAGUAUCGUACUUGAAUCACCCCUCGUUUCAAGAAUUCCUAUUUCAAGCUGAAGAAGAAUUCGGAUUCAAUCACCCUAUGGGAGGCCUUACCAUCCCUUGCAGUGAGGACUUAUUUGUAGAUUUCAUCUCUGGCUUGAGCAGAAGAUGAUGAUGUUUAGUAGGAUCAAAUAUUUUGUAGAUUAGGAGAUAAUGUAUUCAAUCAAACCAGAUUAUGAUACAUGAAUUAAUGAACAUACAUGGCAAAUUCUUAGCCA